UCGUUGUGUACUUUUGCGUCGUCGUCGAUCGUGCGGCAAACGUUCGUCUACGGUGUCUUCUCAGGAGAGACACGGAAGAGGAGAGUUUAAGGUGGCUAAAUAAGAGGCGAAGGAGAGGGUAUAGAGGAGAGAAGAAGUGAGGAAAAUAGAGAAGGAUCGCGGUGGAGUAGCGGUCGUAGGUGGCAUGAUAAGCAAGGACACAGGUGCUACAAGGGAAUCAGGUGACCUGGUGGACAAUAGUGAAGCGUUUAGUGUCCAAAGGACGAGGAAGUAUCGACAGACUCGUCGUCGCGUUUCACGACAACGAAUGUCGGAAUGACGCGUCGAUCAAGUCGCGGCUGGGCAGCAGAGGGUGCAAGGAUUUCGUUAGACGGGAAAAAGUGAUACAGGUCGUGGUUGGUGCCGGAGCAGGCGGAGAGAAAGUUGGCGAAGGGAGAGGCGCCAGGAAGAAGCGUUUGGGGAUCGCCGAAAUUAUCGCAGAGAAGAGGCGAUCGUGGGCUCAUUGUCUCGUCACUCUCCAGCAGCAGCGACGGAUAACGUCCUCUCGUCGCUAUCACGAUGUCGUUAUUAUGAGAUCCACUGUGCUGGCAGACUUGACGUUCCCUUACACCUGACGACAUUCUACAAGAUUAAUUCUACCGUUCUCCAUCGAUCUUGGACCAUUCGAUAAAACGACAGAAGAAUAGCCAAAAAGAAAAAGAAGUAGUGGACCAAGAAACCUCAGAAAACUUCAAUAACAAGGAAAAAGACACGAGAGGCUACCAAAGAACUUAAAAUUCGUGUGGAGAACCAGGUCAAGGUUAACUGACCCUCCCCAAAAAAGACGCAGAAGAGGUAGUGAUCUCUUGUGUGUUCAAUCUCUUAGAAACAAAUCUCUGAAUCACACACGCAAUUCCUCGUGACGACAAAAAACAAGAGGAAUAAGAAAAAAAGAAAGAAAAAGGAAGAAAGAAGAAAACAGACAGUGCGACCUGUCUGUGCGAGUGUGCGUGGGAAGAGCCAGGGAGAGUCGAUAAAAGAAUAGAAGAGGGGUGCUGCGUGGUGAAACGCGACGAGAGGGUGAAGUGAAGGUGUCCUCGUGGGGUGCCAGAGUGAGCACGAUAGCACCUCUGGUGCCCUCGGCCGUGGGUCCCGAGGGGACGGACGCCAUGGCGGCCUCUUCGUCCUCGUCGAGCGGCGAGCAACAGUAUUCACUCAGGUGGAACGACUUCCACUCGAGCAUCCUCAGCUCAUUUCGUCAUCUGAGGGACGAGGAGGAUUUCGUGGACGUGACCCUGGCAUGCGACAGUAGCAGCUUCACGGCGCACAAGGUCGUCCUCUCUGCGUGUAGUCCUUACUUCCGGAGGCUCCUCAAGGCUAACCCAUGCCAGCAUCCGAUAGUGAUCCUGAGGGAUGUUGCCUCGUCGGAUAUGGAGUCGUUGCUGCGUUUCAUGUACCAUGGAGAGGUUCACGUGGGUCAAGAACAGCUGGCGGCGUUCUUGAAGACAGCGCAGAUGCUGCAGGUUCGAGGAUUGGCGGAUGUGAACAGCGGUGCAGCCACCGCCAAGAUCCCACCGCCCUCGUCGUCUGGUGGCAACAACGGUAGUGCACCGGCGACACCGCGUAAUCCUUGGCAAGAUAACGGCAGAGGAGACUUGAACGAGGGUGCUUUGAGUCCACCACCGGAGAAGAGACCUAGAAGCUACAGUCCACCGUUGGGUAACCACGUCGAACAGAAGACAGACCUUCAGGAAUCGCUUUUGGGUCAGGCUCUGGAAGGAGGACCUACGAUACACACGACACCCACAAAUAAUGUACAGGCGCAAUCUACAGGCGAGGACUCGAAUUCCAUGUCAGACAACGAGGAGGAGAUGUCCAAUAACGACAGUAUUCUGAACUCCGUGAAGACAGAACCGAGUGAUAUUCUAAACGAUUCUAUAGAACACCAUCGUAACUCGUUUCCAACUGCGCUCUUGGGAAUACCAGGACUGAUACCAGGGCCAUCCGGAAUCCACGCGGCGAAUCAGGAUCCGAAUUACGUAGCCCGUCGCGGUCUGGACAUGAUGCGGGUACGCGCCACGGAUCCACGGCCCUGCCCGAAAUGCGGCAAGAUCUAUCGAUCCGCCCACACGUUGCGCACCCAUCUAGAGGACAAGCACACGAUCUGUCCAGGCUAUCGUUGCGUGUUGUGCGGCACUGUGGCCAAGUCGAGGAACUCAUUGCACUCUCACAUGUCGCGACAACAUCGCGGGAUCAGCACCAAGGAUCUACCAGUGCUACCGAUGCCUAGCCCCUUCGAUCCAGAACUGGCGUCCCGCCUCUUGGCCAAAGCAGGUGUCAAGGUGAGUCCAGCGGAAUUACGAGCUCGUGCGAGUCCAACGGGACCGAGAAGAGGCGACAUGAGACUGGAGAUCCCUCGCGGUGGUGCACCGUCCGAAGCAGGCAGCAGCGUAUGCGGCGGAGACGAUCCGGAGGACCUCACGCUACCGCUGAGCCUCAGGUAUGGAUCACCGACGCCCAACAAUAACACCGUGAUCACCAAAGUGAGCGGCAGUAACAGCAGUAGUGGUAACAAGAACUCGACGGCUACCGCGAUAGCGGCCAAGUCUUUGGACACGAUGCACGGCAGCCGUGAGCCGAACACAGCGCCGCUUCAUCCACCCGGCAAUCUUCAUCCCGGUCAUCAUAACGCCAGCGCGACAGGAUCAGCGAUUCUCGACACGUAUCUGCAAUUUAUCGCGGAGAAUUCCGGCCUGGCGACGAUGGGACUUAGCCCCGAACAGGCUGCAGCCGUGGCGGCUGCACACGCCGCCAAAAUGGCACACAUGAGCGCCAUGGACAAGUUGGGCGGUCGCGGGCUCGAAGAUUACCCAAUGAUCGGAAGGGACGAGGGUCGAGGACCUGGUGUGGUGCACGAGGAUCGUCAGGACAUGUUGCAGGACAGCAGGCAUGUCGGACUGUUGGACGAGGGGGAGUCGUCUGGUGGCGAGGAGGACGAUUUCAGCGAGAACGAGGAGCCGGAGAUCGUGAAAGCUGAAUAA